GACCCGAGUCUGCGCAUGAGUUCGGCGCAUGCGCACCAAGGCUCCCCGCGGCCGCUCCCUGCUCCUGGCGCCCGGACUCCUCGCCUCUCAGCGGCCCCGCCCAGGCGGCUGCCCGUGACCUGCCUGGGUGCAGGGAACGGAAAGCCGGGAGAGGUGAGACGAGUUCCGUUCGCCAUGGGGCUGUUUGGAAAAACCCCAGAGAAGCCGCCCAAAGAGCUGGUCAAUGAAUGGUCAUUGAAGAUAAGAAAGGAAAUGAGAGUUGUUGACAGGCAAAUAAGAGAUAUCCAAAGAGAAGAAGAAAAAGUGAAACGAUCUGUGAAAGAUGCUGCCAAGAAGGGUCAAAAGGAUGUCUGUGUGGUUCUGGCCAAGGAGAUGAUCAGGUCAAGGAAGGCCGUGAGCAAGCUCUAUGCAUCCAAAGCACACAUGAACUCCGUGCUCAUGGGGAUGAAGAACCAGCUGGCGGUUUUGCGAGUGGCUGGUUCCCUGCAGAAGAGCACAGAAGUGAUGAAGGCCAUGCAGAGUCUUGUGAAGAUCCCAGAAAUCCAGGCCACCAUGCGGGAGCUGUCCAAAGAGAUGAUGAAGGCUGGGAUCAUAGAAGAGAUGUUAGAGGACACUUUUGAAAGCAUGGAUGAUCAAGAAGAAAUGGAAGAAGAAGCAGAAAUGGAAAUUGACAAAAUUCUGUUUGAAAUCACCGCAGGGGCCUUGGGCAAAGCACCUAGUAAGGUGACCGACGCCCUCCCAGAGCCUGAACUUCCAGGAGCGAUGGCUGCAUCAGAAGAUGAGGAGGAGGAAGAGGCCCUGGAGGCCAUGCAGUCCCGUCUGGCCACACUCCGCAGCUAGGGCUGCCCAGCCAGGCCCACAGGCUCUCCUCCGGCCCUGUCAUCGGGCACGCACUCCUUGAAGCCUCCACCGUUUUCUGUAUCUCUUGCACUACACCUCUGGGUGAGGCACUGCGUUCUGGAGAACGUUCUCUGCUAAUCUCUCUUCACUCUCUGCAGAGGUUUGGGGAUCUCAGUGGAAUUGUUCUGAGAGGCGGUGUAAUAAAUGCAUCAUUUUCAGGAGAAUAAACAGAAGUAUCUUUUGGGGGAUGAGGGCAAAGAAGUCUGUCUUCUCACGAAGCACUUCUGAGAAUAGAGUCGAUUGCUUGAAUGUUGAGGACUCUGUAUAUUUUUUUUUGUCUGUAAAACACUAUAUAAAUGGAUUUUAAUAAAUUUCUGCUUUAACACUUGGUCUCAUUGUAGAUUGUUGGGUGCAAUGAAUUUCAAGGUGUUUGCUGUCCCAAAUUAUUUUAUAUGUUGGCCUUGGAAAGAGGAGGUGCUAUAGCAGGGCACAUGGGAUUCGGAAGCUCAGCUGAAAGGGCUUCUGCUCUGUGCACCCUGCUCCCCAGCCUUCACAGAUGUGCUGUGUGAGCUACUCUUCUGCUUUUUGUCAUCUGUGUAAGCAAAAGGACGCUUGAAAAUUGUGACCCCUUGGCUGGGUAACUAUAUUAUGUGUGUCCUGAGGCGGGGGCGGUGUGUCUGUAGCUUUCCUCCCUUUCCUUUCCAUUGCAAGUUGCAGACAGCUGUGAGAUUAGGACUCUUUUCACCCUCUGAUUGCCUUUCCCUGCGUUAAGCUGGUUGUCUUGGAUGCAUGGGAUAUGGGCGUACAUAUCAGUGCUUUCUCAAAGCCAGGAGCUGACCGGUGCUGACCGGUGAAAGAGGCAUGGUGUGGUCAUGCAUUGUAAACAACUCACACAUUUCUAAGUUAUAUUUUGAAAUAAUUGAGCAGUAGCAAUUUAUAUUUGUGUGGGCUUGACAGUUUACAAAGCUGUUUAACAUAUGUAAUCAUUCAGUCUUCACAAAUUAGGAAAACAGCUCAGCUUGCUGAAGUGACAUAUCCUAAAUCACAGUCACGAAGUGGCAGAACUGGGGUUCAACCCGGGUCCCUCUGGUCCAAGUCUUGUGUGCCCUAAACAGGUAGGAAAAAAAAAACCCAACCACUCUCUCCCAGGUUGGUUUUGUAGAUUGUAUGGAGAAAUCCAAGUGUAUCAGAUGUGCUGCAGCGAGGGCCUUCUAGUCUCAUCCUGCAAAAUGGGAAUCUUCAAUCCAGGGGACCGUCCUAUUGCUCUUGAUUUCAUCUUUAGGAUACAGUUUGUUGUUUAAGUAAACAUUAUUUUUCAGAGAAGUUUUAGGUUCAGAGCACAACUGAGCAGAAAAUAGAGUUCCCAUGUACACCUGUGGCCCUGACACGGGCACCAUCUCCCACUUGUAUGUACUGACAUCUCACACCCCACAAGUACAUUUACUCCUGGAAUCAUACAGUACAUAGUCCUUUCACAUUGGCUUCUUACACUUAGUAAUAUGCAUGUAAGUUUCCUCCAUGUCUUUUCAUGGCUUGACAGGCCAUUUCUUUUUAGUGCUAAAUAAUAUUCCAUUGUCCGCAUGCACCUAUGGAAGGACAUCUUGGUUGCUUCAAAGUUUUGGCAAUUAUGAAUAAAGCCAUAAACGUCUGUGUGCAGGUCUUUGUGUAGACAUGCAUUUCAACUAUUUAGGGGAAUACCAAGGAGCACAGUUGCUGGAUCUUAUGGUAAGAGUAUGUCUAGUUUUGUAAAACACUGACAGUCUUCCAAAGUGGCUGUGUCGUUUUGCGUUCCCACCAGCAAUGAUGAGAGUUCCCGUUGCUCCACAUCCUCACCAGCAUUUGGUGUUGUCAGUGUUUUGGAUUUUGACUAUCCUAAUAAGUGUGUAACGGUAUCUCAUUUUAAUUUGCAUUUCCCUGAUGAUAUAUGAUGUUGAACAUCUUUUUAUGUGCUUUUUUGCCAUAUGUAUAUAUUCUUUGGUGAGGUAUUUGUUUAGAACUUUUGCCCAUUUUUAAUUGGGUUGUUUAUUGCUGAGUUUUAAGACCUCUGUGUAUACUGUGGAUAAUAGUGCUUUAUCAGAAAUACAUUUUGCAAACAUUUUCUCCCCGUCUGUGGCUUGUUUUCUUAUUCUCUUCACAUUGUUUUUCACAGAGCAGUUUUUAAUAUUAAUGAAGUCCAUCUUACCAAUUAUUUAUUUCAUGAUAGUGCCUUUGAUAAUGGAUCUUAAACGUCAUUGCCAUACCCAAGGUCACCUAGAGUUUCUGUGUUAUUUUGUUAGUAAUCUUAUAGUUUUGCAUUUUACAUUUAGGUCUGUGACCUGUAUUAAUUCUUGUAAAGCAUGUGACGUCUGUGUCUAGAUUUAUUUCUUUGCAUGUGGAUGUCCAGUUAUUCCAGCACCAUUUGUUGAAAAGACUGUCUUUGCUGCAGUAUACUGCCCUUGCUGUUUCAUCAAAGAUCAGUUGACUGUAUUUACGUGGGCCUAUUUUGGGGCUCUCUAUUCUGUUCCAUUGAUGUAUUUGCUUUUUUUUUUUUUUGCCAAUACCAAAUUGUCUUGAUUACUGUAGCUUAAUAGUAAGUCUUGAAGUCAGGUAGCAUCAGUCCUCCAACUUUGUUCUUCUUCAAUAGUGUUGUCUAUUCUGGGUCUCUUGCCUUUCUAUAUAAACUUCAGAAUUCAUCUGUCAAUAUCCACAAAACUUGCUGGGAUUUUGAUUGGGACUGCUUUGAAUCUGUAAGUCAAGUUGAGAGGAACUGACGUAUCGACAGGAUAUAGUUUUAUGAUUGCAUUUAUCUGGCUAAUUUAUUCAAAGAAUGAUUUUGGAAUUAAGGAAUGCUCAUAAUCCCUGAGCAUUUUUGUCCUUAUGUGGAUAAUCAAAGUUUAUCCAGGUGCAUGGAUGGACAGAAUAAUGACAAGCACUCUUUCCACCUUUCAAAUAAAAUGAUCUAAAUGUAGGGUUGGUUUGUUUUAAUUGUUUGAAGAGGUCCUGAUUUUUCCAUUCCUGUUUUCAGGCUAAGGAAAGAGCAUUCUUGGCUCGUUAUCAGGCCGCAUAUUCCAUUUUCCCUCAAUACUCUGUUGGGUAUCAUUGGAAACAGGGUGAGUCAGAAACUCUUCUGGCCCUGGAAAGGUCCGCAAUCCAGAAAGGGAAACCAUGGUGUCAACGCCUGCAAUAAAAGUUUUCCUCUAAACCUCAAGCCCUUGAUUUAGGUCCAGCACUAGCAGCACCAGCUCCCACUCUCCCCACCCCAUCCACAGAUGAAUCUACUUGGUGCCCCAAAAAACGCAAUUUAAAGGGUUGCAUUCCAGAAUAGCAUUCCACACUGCCAACUCAUUUGUUUUGUCUUCAAACACAGCUUACUCUUUAAAAAUCACUGUCCAGCUUAUGGUGAUCACCCAGCAGUUCGUUCUAGGCAGAUGAUAACUUCACUUUCUCUGUCCCUCCCCACUCUCCCCAUGUUGUCUGUCAAAGACACCUUCCUGAGCCCUUGCCAAUUGUACAGCUCACCUGGCCUUAGGCCCUUUUUCGUGUCAUAUACUUAAAGGUGUUUCUCAGAACUCCUGGAGAGAAGGGGUUAUGAUGACUCAUAUUUGUUCCAAAAUAGUACUAGUCAUGCCUGCCUCUGCACCUCUCCCUAAAAUCCAACCCCAUAACUGUAUUUAUGGAAACAACUGUGAAAAAUCAAAGCUUUGAAAAACUGGACAGUUUUCCUUGUCCUACCCUAGUGACAGAUGCUCUUCAAAUGCUAUUCUGUAUUACCAAUAAGAAAGGCUCAUAAGUGAAAAUAAACUUGGGAAAUGUUUGGUU